GCUUUUGAUUAUACUACCCACCCAUGUUGACUUCUAAAUUUUACCUCUCUUCCAUUCCUGUCGAAUGGAGUUGUUAUUAUGAGUUUGGUCAAAGUUCCCAAGAGAAUAAUGGUAUCAUUCAGGAAUCGGAAAAACUCACAACCCAGAAAAGAGAGGAGCUCAAAAGGAGAGAGAUUCGGGAUUCUUCAGGCAUAGAAGAAUUUGAGGAUGCCAAGGGGAAAAAAUUGGUUUCAGAGCAGUUGCAUAGUAAACAAUGGAGCAAAAUGAUUGAGGAGACUCUGAGAAGCCAAGAUUGGAGAAGAACAAUGGAGUUUGCCAGAUUCAACCCAGUUCAAGAAGGGAGUUGUGAGAUAGAAGAGGAAGUAAUGGGAGAUCAUAUAUGCAUGGAUGAGAAGAAUGAUGGUAACCCUGAGAUAUAUGUUGCAGUGGGGAAGGACCCUUCUCCACUGCAAUGGGCUUUGAGUCAUCUUGUUAAAGAGGGGGACUCUCUUACUCUCAUUCAUGUUUUCCCUCCCUUGAAGUCAAUUCCAACACCAGUUGGAAAGCUUCCCAUAAGUCAAGUGUCCCAAGACAUUGUGGACAAGCAUUUAAAAGAGGAAGAGGUCAAGCGAACAAGGUUACUACAGAACUACCUGGAUAUGUGCUUAAAUGUCAAGGUGAAAACAGAAACAGUUGUGAUUGAAAGCGAUAUAUCUCACAAAUCACUGGUAGAAUUGAUAUCAGUACUUAACAUUUCAAAACUUGUUAUGGGGACAAAAUCAGCAACUCAUCCUAUGACAAGAAAACUGAAGAAGGGAUCAAGCAAAUCUGAAUAUGUAUACAGGUAUGCUCCAAAUUUUUGUGAAGUGUUUUUGGUUUUCCAAGGGAAAAUCAUUAUUCCAAAAGCAGAAGGUGAUCCCAAAUAUUCAGAUGCAUCUCCAAGUUCUCCAAGUUCUAGCACCUCAAUAUCCAGACAUGGUACAAACAAUGAACCAGGAGAAGAUGUCAUGAAUUGUUUCUAUUGUAGAUUUGUGAGAUAAAGAAUGAAUGGAGUAAGCACAAUUA